UUGUGAAGCCCUCCCGUCGUCAUAUUUCUUCAAUAUGCUGAUCAAGCUUUGGGAAGAGGCCAUUUCUGUAUCAGUGGACUAUAUAUAUGAGACUUCAGGUCCUGAACCAGUACAUACAAGAUUGUGAAUUGAUUCAAUCAUACGCUCUCUAAUAAUGGAAGAAUUAACAGUGACCAAGACACAGUUUAUACUUCCAUUAGUCCUCUUUGUUUCGAUGGUUGCCUUAUCCCCAGCAUCAGAAGAUUAUAAAACCUACAUCAUCCACAUGGACAAGUCGAUGAUGCCAGUGCCAUUUACAACGCAUCAUAGCUGGUAUAUGUCCGCGCUCUCAUCUCUUGAAGAUGAUGGCCUUUCUCCAACACAUCUAUAUACCUACAAUCACGUCAUGGAUGGGUUUAGUGCAGUUCUUUCCCAAAAACAUGUCAAGCAAUUGCAGGGAAUGCCUGGUCAUCUUGCCACAUUUAAUGAAACAUUUGGGCAUCGCCAGACAACUCAUACCCCGAAAUUUUUAGGCCUGCAGAAACAUGCUGGACUGUGGCCAACUUCUGGAUUCGGAGAUGAUAUGAUUAUAGGCAUACUUGACUCGGGGAUAUGGCCAGAAAGUAGAAGUUUUGAUGAUCAUGGUAUGCCUCCAGUACCCUCUCGCUGGCGUGGUGCCUGCGAAAUUGGUGAUGAGUUUAACUCCUCAAACUGUAACAAAAAACUUAUUGGAGCACGUUCUUUCAGCAAAGGGAUGAAGAAGGAAAGGAACAUAUCAAAAACUGAUGACUAUGAUUCUCCUAGGGAUUUUUGGGGACAUGGCACGCAUACGUCUUCCACUGCAGCUGGAAACCGUGUACCAUUUGCUGAUUACUUUGGUUAUGCAAAAGGGACAGCUACUGGUAUUGCUCCGAAGGCUAGGCUGGCCAUGUAUAAAGUGUUGUUCUUUAAUGGCACAUAUAAUGCAGCUGCAACUGACACAUUGGCUGCAAUGGAUCAAGCUAUUGAAGAUGGUGUAGAUCUCAUGUCCUUGUCUUUGGCCUUUAAUGAAACACCUUUUUACGAAAAUCCAAUUGCACUGGGAGCUUUUGCAGCAAUGGAGAAAGGAAUUUUUGUAGCAUGUGCUGCUGGCAAUGGAGGUCCUCAUGGUUACACUGUCAUCAAUGGAGCUCCGUGGAUCACGACAGUUGGUGCUGGGACAGUAGACAGAGAAUUCGCUGCUGAUGUAACGCUUGGUGAGGGCACUGUCCAUGUAAAUGGAAAAUCAAUAUAUCCUGAAAACUUGUUGGUAUCCAGAGUACCUAUUUAUUAUGGACAUGGAAAUAGAAGCAAGGAAAUUUGCGAAGAGUACUCUUUAGACCCUAAAGAGGUCGAAGGAAAGUACAUCUUCUGUGAUUUUACUAGUGGUGAUGAUUUGGUUGGGGAUCCACUGUUUGAGAUGAACAGAACUGGUGCUGCUGGCGCCAUUGAAAGUUCAGAUUUUGGGAAAUUUUUAAUGCCCCAGGAUUUUAAUUCGCAGUACGUGGUCAUGAUCCAAAAAGAUGGUGACUUGAUGAAGGACUACUUAAUCAGGACAGAUGAUCCAACAGUGAGCAUCAAGUACCAAGUAACUCUAUUGGGCACCAAACCAGCACCUCAGGUGGCAUUCUUUUCUUCACGAGGUCCUGACAUAAGCUCUCCCUGGAUCCUAAAACCCGAUAUAUUGGCACCAGGAGUCGAUAUAUUGGCUGCAUGGCCACCAAACAGAGGAUCUGCGCUAGUUGAAGAUGAUUAUCUGCUCACAGAUUAUACACUCUUGUCCGGUACAUCCAUGUCCACUCCCCAUCUAGUAGGCAUCGCUGCACUACUGAAAGCUUCACACCCGGACUGGAGCUCAGCUGCUAUUAGAUCUGCAAUGAUGACAACUGCUGACAUCUCUGACAACAGCAACGGUCCCAUCAUAGACAUGAGAUUCGGAUUAGCUGCUUGUCCACUUGACUAUGGUGCAGGACAUGUGAACCCCAACAAGGCCAUGGAUCCAGGUCUUGUCUAUGACACAAAACCAGAAGACUACAUCAAUUACCUCUGUGCCAUGAAUUACACAAGAGAUGAGAUCAGGCUCAUCACACGAAGAUCAGAUACCUCGUGUGAAAAUUCAAAUCUUGAUCUAAACUAUCCUUCUUUCAUAGUCAUUCUCAACAACACUAAUACUACUAGCUACACCUUCAAGAGAGUUCUGACUAACACGCUUAAUACAACGGUUUCUUAUCGAGCUAUAGUGAGGACCCCGUCUACAGGGAUGAGUGUCGUUGUGCAGCCAUCAACAAUCUCAUUUUCCGGAAAGUACAGCAUAGCAGAGUUUAGCAUGACAGUGAGCAUUGAUCUUAGUCCUAAUCCAGAGAAUGAUCAGUUGGGUAACUUCGGAUUUUUAAGCUGGAAUGAGAUUAAUGGAAAGCAUGUUGUGAGAAGCCCUAUUGUUUCUGCAAUGGCAGCAUAACACAAUCAAGCUAUCAUAUGCAUAAAGAACACAGCAAUUGUCAGUGUACAUGAGGAUUGUUUUCAACCCUUUGCAUGUUUUAGUAUACGAAAUAAAAAAACCCGAAAUUUCAUAAUAAUCAUUCACGGAAAUGUAACGGUUAAGUGUUAAGAGCUGGAAAGAAGUCAAGAACUGUGAGUUUAUAUCAUAUCAAAUGUAUCCCAAUGUUGUAUGAUCUGUGCUACCGAGUACCGACCAGG